CGACUAUCGAGACGUCAAACACCUGUGGACCGCCGUCAAGAGUGAGAUAGAGGUCUCUUUACCUACAACAGUACCGCAGCAACAUGAGGAUUAUCGCUUUAUGGUUGUCACUAGGAGUGUGGGUCGGGUGUGGGUUGGAGGCUGGAGCCAUAGAAGGAUCCGGGAGACCCAUGCAUGUGAAGGGACACCACUCUUACCACCAAGUGAAGCAAGAGAGCAACAAGCACCAUCACCACGUCCCCAAGAGGCCACAGCAUACAGGCACUAAACCUAAACUACUACAAGACAACGACCUCUUGCACGACAGGCAACACCUGAAGGAGGAGCUGCCUGAAUACUUGUCGCUGGAAAGGAUCGAAAAAAUGUCUGAUAAGGAGCUGGAUUAUCACUACUUCAAAAUCCAUGACUAUGAUAACAACUUCGGUCUUGACGGGUUAGAGCUGCUGGCAGCCAUUGUUCACAUAGCCGCUGACGACGACGACGAUGACGAGGUCAUCAUAGACGAAGAGAAAUUGAAGGGACUCUCUCAGCAGGAGAGGAAGAUCCUGCAGGACCACCGCCAACAGAAAUGGGAUGAGAAGUUGAAGUUUUACACUGAAUUGGUGGACGACGUGUUGGACGAGAACGACAACAACAAAGAUGGGUACCUGUCGUGGGGAGAAUUUCGACUGGCCCAAAACCGCAGGAAAUAACUUUGCCUAGGCAGCCUCCGCCGUCCAGCAGCUGGAUUACGCCCUGCCACUUUACCCUCACCCUCAUAACAGUCCACUCACAAAACCUGUUCGUAGCCUAUCCUACCUUCCUCGCUUACUCCUAUAGUUUUUUAUUUUUCGCGUACAUGAUGUCCACGUUACGUCUCAUGUAGGAUGGAAGGUAACUUAGGUAGUAAAGCUCUCUGCUGACCUCUAUCGUACUUGAGGCUCUCGUUGGUGCUUUAUCAAGUACGACAAGGCUCCACCGAAGGCAGAAUGUACUUAAUGUAAAAGGCUUGCUCUGU